AUGUCAGGCGACUUCAGACUCUCAGCAACGCUGCGAGGCCACGAAGAAGAUGUCCGCGCCAUCGUCUUCCCAAGCAGCGAUCUGCUCUUCUCCGCCUCGCGAGACAACACCGUUCGACAGUGGAAGCGAACAUCGGCCCAGCCACCUGCCUACGACGACACCAUCGCUUUGCAAGGCUCACAUUGGUUCAAUGGUCUGGCAGUUGCGCCAAAAUCGAAGGAGUGUCCAAAAGGAACAAUCGCCGCGGGUGGAAGAGAGACAUUCGUGUUCGUCAAACAAGUUGGAGCGCCACCUGAGGAAGAUCCAUACCGCAUGCUUAUUGGUCAUGCCGGAAACAUUGCAUGUCUGGCCUUUAGCGAAGAUGGUGAACAAGUCAUAAGCGGCUCAUGGGAUAGCCAGGUUUUUGUGUGGGAUGUAGAGAGCGCCAGCGUCGUUACAGAGCUCGCCGGACACCAAGGUCCGGUUUGGGCGGUCAUGGUCUACGAUGCAAAGACCAUUGUGACUGCUUGCGCAGACAAGGUCGUAAGGGUGUUUGAUGUGAAGAGCGGAAAGAUUCUGCAAUCUCUCGAGGGCCACACUGACGUUGCGCGAGCACUGUGCAAGCUUCCACAAGGUCACUGGUCUGGCGCGGCGCUGGCCUCAGCAGGAAACGACGAGGUCAUCCGGCUAUGGACUCUUGACGGACUCCAAGUCGCUAGCCUGGAAGGACAUACAGCGUACAUCUAUGACUUGGCCAUCCUCCCGAAUGGAGACAUAGUAAGCUCAUCCGAAGAUCGCACUGUGAGGCUUUGGAGGGAUGGGCAGUGCAUUCAGACCAUUACACACCCGGCUAUCAGCAUUUGGACUGUUGAAGCUUGUGAGAACGGCGACAUUGCGAGCGGUGCCAGCGACAACAUUAUUCGAAUAUUCUCGCGAGACCCGGAGCGGCAAGCGGAUGCUGAGGCCAUCGAAGCAUUUGAAGAGAGCAACCGAAUGCAUGCGAUACCUGCUCAAACCGCUAACCAAGGCUUGCCAUUCGAGAAGGAGACGCUUCCGGGACCGGAAGCGCUACGUACCCAGGUCGGGCAGAAAGACGGCCAGCAGCUUCUCAUCCGCGAGAAUGAUGGCAGCGUGACUGCGCAUCUAUGGUCUGCAUCAGCUGGACAGUGGAACUUGAUUGGCACCGUUGUCGAAGGUGAAGGCACAGGUUCKAGCAAAAAGGUGCACGACGGUAAGGAGUAUGACUACGUCUUCGAUAUCGACAUUGAAGAUGGUAAGCCACCGCUCAAGCUCCCAUACAACCUUACCGAGAGUGCCUGGGAUGCUGCUCGUCGCUUCCUGGAGAGUAACAAGCUUCCGAUGACAUACUACGACCAGGUCGCAAACUGGAUCACUGAGAACACCAGAGGUGCGACCAUCGGUCAGGAUGCAUAUCCGUCGAAUCAAGCACCACCUCCAGGACACGAUCCUUACGGGACAGAGCGGAGAUAUCGACCUGGCGAUGCACCAUCAGGACCACGAAGGCUCCCUCAGCGCAAUUAUGUUGGCAUCGUUGAAGGCAACCCUGCAAAUGCUAUCAACAUCAUCUCCCAGAAGACGGAAGAUCUGAUCAAAUCUGGCGAGAUUGCGGCCGAGCAAGGUCUUCAAUCCGAAGAGGUUGCAGCACUGAAGGCACUUCCCGCCCAGCUGCAGAACAAGCAGGAUCCGAAACCGACGGCUACCCAAGUCAACGCUUUACUCAAGGCCGCGUCGCAAUGGCCACAGAAGUCUAGAGUUCCCGCAGUCGGGGUGUUGGCUGUUUGCGCCGUGUCCCCAUCGUUCGUCAACGCUACAACCGCAAAUGGACACACCGUCAUCGAUACGCUCACCGCCGCUGGACUUCUCAAGCCUCGACAAGAGACUGCCAACAAUGUUGUGCACACCAUUCGCCUUCUCACCAAUCUGUUCAAGAGCGAUGCCGGCCUGCAGAUCAUGAAUGGCAACUUCGAAUCCGUGCUUCAGCUCGUCCGACCGUUCGCUUCGGAGCCAGAGUCGCCUGCUCAAGUCAAAGCUCUGGCAACUCUGUAUCUCAACUUCGCCGUGCUGCUCGUCAGUGGUGGCGCUUCACAAAACGCAAAGUCGAGUGAAGCUCGCGCGACAUCUCUCCUCACUGACAUCGCAGUGCAGCUCGAAUGCGAGAAUCCACAUGCUUCCGACGCCGACGCGUUGUUCAGAACUCUAUCAGCACUCGGAACCUUGCUUUCCCUUAGCGACGACUUUAAGAAGUCGCUCAAGGGUGGUGUAUCGGGAUCGCUGCACUUUGUGGCUGCAAAGCCUGCUGCGCAGCUGCCCAACAACAAGGAACUCAUUCAAGAAAUUCGGGACGAAUUGCGAUGA